GGACAGCUAGUUGAUUGUUUCAUAAUAAGCAGGAAUCAAUUGUGUUUAAUAAACUACGUUAAUCUGUGGCGAUAACACGGUUCAUUUCAGGUGUUAUUUUCGCUAAUUUUCAAUUCGCCUGAACUCACUGUAGUAAUAAGAUAAACCGUUUGGUAUCAGCGGUGGCGCUGUUUGCCCGGAGAUAAGUUGGGAGCGUGAGUUAGCCUGCAGCUAACAGCAGCUAACAGCAACAACAGCCAAGAUGGAGGGAGGCUGCUCUGCAGCGAGCACAGACGACAACGCUGCAAACGACCCGGGGAUCAGCGGCCAGCCCCCCGGAGAGGACCUGCAUGUUUCUACCGAGGACUCUGACGGGGUUGGGGUUUUCUGCUGUCAGGAUUGUGGAGAAGCCUUCAGUGAAGAGACGGCCUACUUGGAGCAUCACUAUCAACACAAGCAACAAUACGUGCACUUAGACGACCACUCCAACCUCUUACAUGGUGCCCAAAAGGACAGUGAAACACCGUAUUCCUGUACUUUAUGUUCACGCUCUUUUGUUGAGAUGACUGAACUGGACUUGCAUUUGAAGAACCAUGGUCAGAUCUCCACAAAGGAGUCUGAUAUUGUAACUUCUAGUGUAACAAAGCAGCAUACUUAUGUAUGUUCAGAUUGUGGGAAAUCUUAUGCUGUUAUUGGACACUUUCUCAAUCAUCUGCGUUCGCACCAGAAAGCCUCAAAAUCUGUUUUUAAUGACCUGGAACAUUUGAAAAAGAAGUCAUUUCAGUGCGAGUCUUGUGGGAGGAGUUACUCUCGUGCUUCAGCUCUCGAUGCUCAUCGACGGUAUCAUGAGGAAAAGUUGAUAAAGAGUAAAAACAGGAGCUCAGGGGAUGUAGUUCAAACCGGAGAGCUGGUUGUGGAAAAAAAAACAAGUGAAAUUCAGAGAGAGGAUAAUUCUGAAAAGCUUUUUAAAUGUUUAUGUGGUAAAGCAUUUUCGACCUUGUCGCGCCUGAAAACACAUCAGCGAUUUAGCCGCAAAGGACAGUGCUCUCCGGAAGAAACAAAACAAAAACCAAAGAAGGCCUGCAAUGAAUUUUACUGCAGCGAGUGUAAUAAGGCUUUCAGUAGUCAUGUUGCCCUCAUUAACCAUCAGCGAUGGCAUUCUAACCACUCGAAAGAUUCAGCAAAGAAGUUCCCAUGUGAGGAAUGUGGAAAAGCGUUUAUGACUCUAACGUUCCUCUACCGGCAUCAGCGCACGGUGCACAGUGAUGAAACCCCUGCAAAGUCGUUCCUCCAUCAAGUGUGUCAGCUUCAGAAAAAGGCGUUUGAAUGUAAAGAUUGUGGACUUAAGUUCUCCAGGGCUUCAGCACUUCAUUCUCAUCAACUUCAACAUACAGAUGUUUUCGUGGAAACGGAGAAGGAGACUCAGAAACAAUCAUCUCCGUUAUCAUCCAGCAUAGUAUCAGACACUGGAGAGAAAGAGAGUGAGCCCUUGGAGGCUUUAACAAUAGAGAGAGCACAUUCAGAAAGUUUGCUUCCCACCAGUGCUGCUGUUGAAGAAUCACAUGUAGAAGAGACUGAUGAAGACAUGGAGUGCUACGAACCCGGAGACUUUAAUGUCCAGGUGAUCAGUGGAAGCGAAUCUGAAGACGAGCCAAUUGAAGAUGUCAAUCCUGACCUGGAGCUGUUGUGUGAAUCGGAUCAGGAAGUAAGAGACGAUGGUGACACCCUAGUUUCCCCCAGUGGUUUUGUAUCAAAACCAGGGAUUGACUUGAAAAUAGUUCAGAUCGACUUUGAGCAAACCGACGAGCAAUGUGCACUGGUGGCAAAGGAAGUGGAAAAUAUAAUGGCAGGGGAAAGAUUUGUUUGUCCAGAGUGUUACCAGGAAUUUCCUAGUCUUUCGUCUCUACAAGUUCACAGAACGUGGCACGAGGUUGAUGAGAGACGCCAAGAGACUCCAGGUCAGUCAGCAACCGUUUACACAUGCGAGUUGUGUGGUUACAAAGCCAGUAGCUAUGAAGCACACUACAGUCACAUGCAAACACACGGUGAUCAAACCCCUAGCAGUGAUGUGUUGAAUGAAACCGAGGGGUUUGAGAAGAAAACUUGGACAUGCGAUGAGUGUGGUAAAGUUUUCACUUGUUCGUCGGAUUUAGUCUCUCAUCAGUUGCAUCACUCCCCCAAAAAACAGUUCCAGUGUCCAAAUUGCCUGAUGUCUUAUUUGCAUGCGGCCAGCUUGUAUAACCAUAUGAAAACAUGCACAGAACAAAAAAGGGAACAUAUGUCGGCCACUAAAAAGGAAUACAAUCCAAAGAAAACAUUAUUAGGCCCCAAAAUCUACCAUUGUGAACAGUGUGGAAAGGGUUUUUGGUCUUUGGGGGCUUACUCCCACCACAAGCAAAAUCAGGUGGAGUGUACAGAUUUGAGGCUAAGAAAAGGUGUCCAUGGAUCAGCGGACUCCCUCAGCGGACGCCAGCGCUCCGGCAUUAAGGUGGCAUGUUCGGUGUGCGGCAGGAAGUUCCGCCACAGAGGAAUAUUGGCAUUGCACAUGCGCAAACACGAAAAUGGAAAUCACAAAUGUGAACUCUGCGACCGGUCGUUCCGUCUGUUCUCCAGCCUCCUCAGACACCAGGUCGUACACAGUGACCAGCUACUCCCCCCGCCCAGUAAGUCUUUUCAGCAUCAGGUGGAGCAGCUGCAAAAGAACACGUAUAGCUGUCCUGACUGUGGGAAGCUGUUUUCACGGGCCAAAGCGCUUCAGUUUCACAUGAAAAGCCAUGGCUACGAGACCGGGCACUCGCCAUCUUCACCGCGAUCCACAGUCACACUGGAGGAUCUGCAGUGUGCAACAUGUUUUUCACAUUUCAGCAACAAAGCGUCAUUAAGAGCUCAUCAAAAACUUUGCAUUAAAAGAGACGGUCAAGCAGCUGUAAAGACAGAACCACUGGAAAAUGGUGUCUGCACACAGGAGCCCUCUGGCCAGCUAAAGCUACAAACAGAGUUCAAGAAGGAAGUGGAAAGUGGCACACAUAAGCUGAAGAAUAAUGGUGAAGGCAGCAAAACAAGCUCAAAUUUGGAUAUUUCUCUGAUUAAAACCUCUAUAAAAGAAGACCCAGGUAAAGGACUGUUUCCCUGUUCUGAAUGUGGUAGGCGGUUUGUGACCAACUCUGCUCUUGGCUCCCACAAACGAUGGCACAAGGAAAGGAAGUUCCCAGGUUCCUUCCUAAAUGACGACGAUUUGAAAUCUGUUAGCCGUAAGACUGACGAAGGACCUUUUCAGUGCAACAAAUGUGGCAGACAGUUUUUCAACCACCACGUUCUUCAGCGCCACCAGAUCUUUAACCCUCAGUGUGAAACCAACAUAGAACCAGAUUCAAACACAAAUGUGGAGAGCGGCAGCAAGCGAGAGCAGGUUUCAUGUCCAGAAUAUGAUGAGACAUUUGAGCCAAGUUCGUCUCUGUUUACUCAUGUUGAAAAUGAGCAUUGUAAAAUUGUGGAAGCAGCAGACCGUCGGCAAGAUGAGGUUUUGGAUAUUGUCCAAAGGCACGAUGAUACUAACUGCAAAGCUUUGUCAUCACCACAAAAGCCGAAAGCUCACCAAUGCCCCGUCUGCUUUAUGACCUUUGCAAAAGUGCGAGGUCUGCGUGCUCAUAAGUGGCAGGCCCACUCAAAGAGUACAGCAAGCAAAGAGAUUCUUCCACUGAGUGUAAAACUAGAGCCCACUGUUUCAAACUGUGAAACGAAUAAAACAGAAAAUCAAGAAACACAGAAAAAUAGGGCUGCUGAUAGUGGAGGGAGGAAAAUCAAGUCAGACCCCCCACAUAUGAUAUCUGUCUCCAGUCUAGACUGUAAGAAACUGAGCAGUUCUGCAGUCACUCCUCUUCAUUAUGAGAGUGGGAACCCCGAGGCCAAACAUGUGUCUAAGGUGGAGAUCGAAACUGCCAAAGCCGCAGCUAAUGUCCCCCCGCCACUUAGCUGUCCGUCAGAGCACACGGUCAAAUAUCUGUUCAAGUGUGAUAAGUGUGGUAAAGCUUUUCAAACAGAGGAACAGUUGGGAGCCCAUAAGGCCAAGGCCAAGAGUCGGCCUUUUUGUUGCGCUCUGUGCUGCCACAGCUUUUGGACCGGGAAUCAGCUGCGGCAGCACCUCGUCUGGCAUGACGAGGUGCGCUGCCGUCUCCCAAACGAGGUCCGUUUCAGGCUCAGCGCUGCUAUGACCUCCGAGCCUUUAAACCUCGACAUCCUCACUGGGGACGAUGCAGGGAAGUCUUUCCCAGCUUUUACCAUGGACCCACCUACGCUCGACCUCACCAGCAGGUCCCAAAGUGGCCACAGUUGCCAAUAUUGUGGAAAAGCCUUUCUUUCACCAACUGCAUUACAAAAACAUAAAAGUCAGCAUUGUGACCGCAGACAGAGGGACACCCCUGCUGCUGUCUCAGGGUACGCUGAUGGCCUUACUUGCCUUAAAUGUGGAACUACGUUUUGUCAAGAGUAUGAUUUGCACCAGCAUUACACAGAACAUGCCUGUGGGGUGUAAACGGACUGAAACAACACUGUAGAUUGUGAGAUGUUUUAUUUUUAGACACAUCUGUGAAGUUAGAGUAUCCUUUUGUAUCACUAUUUCCCAUUCUCAGGCUUUUCUUUACACUGGACUAAUAUCUGUAAAUGUGAAAUACAAGUAGGUAUUAUAUAUAUGAGUUCCUCAUAGUGACCAUUUUGUUUUGACUACAUCUCAUGCACGUCAGAUUAACUCACUAAAUCCAAUAUGGGGAACAUGCAUUGAAGUAUUGGGAUUUAAAAAAAAAAAAAGGCACUGAUGUUUGUCAUGCGUACACAUUUAAAAAGAAAUGGGAAGUGCUGUUUAUGAAUUAACAUUAUAAACUUUAUGAGAAAAUCUUUCAACCCAAAUAUCUUCAACUGUUGCUGCUGUUCCUUUUUAAUGCUGGAGAUUUGGAAAUCUGCUGAAUGUUGUACAUUUUGCCAUUAUUCCACAAACAAGUGUCAUUUAUAUUACAUUAUGUAUGAAUUGGUUUAUAAGCUCCUGUUAUUUCUUUCAUAGUGUUAUUUCUUUUUUUUUUGGGAAGACUACCAACAGUUAAUGUUGAUGUUGCUGUAGGAUAUAUUUUUAGGGGGAAGCAUUUUGCUUGGUUAUGGUAAUAUGAGUUUAUCUUUUCUUUUCGCUUCUUGAGCAGUCUACAGUGUGAUUAGUUGUUCUACUUGCUUAACUGGAUAAAGUUCUUUCAAAAGUGUGUUAUUGGGUCGUGUGAUUAUUUACAUCAAUUGAUUAUUUGUCUGAAGUGAUUGUAAUAAUUGCUCCUCUAUGGGUUUUAGCGUUUGACCACAUCAGGAUUAUAUGUAAUAUGUUGGGGUAUGUUGGGAUAUGUGCACAUUCCCAUUCAUUUGAAUCCAAACUUUCAACUGGUAGUGUAAUUGUGCAACACUAACGCGGUUGUUUAAAAAAAAAAAG